UCUUUAACAGUAUCGAUGUGUCUGCUCAGUUUUAUAAGUUUCAGUUGGAUGUGCAAAGCCGACUGCGAGAAGAUGCUGCCUUCACUAUUGAAGAACAUAUGCAACAUAUAUUAGCCUUAUCGUCAGUUCUCUUGCUAAAGCCUGCGCGCACUCAUGAAGAUUUGCACAGGUAUAUCGAUCUUAACACUUGUGAAGGACUUCGCCGACAUAUUCUUUCUAAGCAGCAGACUGCGUAUCAGCCAUUCCCGGCUUCAACCAGGAACCGACUCGAAGAAAUUAUGGGACAAAUGGAUUUGGAUGGCGACCAAAAUAACAUAUGUACGCGUUUGGUAGCAUCGUGCCGAAUUUCUGCAAUGAUACAGGAUGAUGGCCUCAAUUCUACAAACAGGAUUCUGUUGAUCGUUCGUAACAUGGUGGAAAAACUACCCCGUCAUACCGUUGAAGACGGGCCCAAAGAAACUGAAUUAAUUACAAGGUAUUUGGAAGCAAUCCUGGCUCCUCUUUUCGAGGACUUGGAUAACAACAUAAUUUUUAGAUGGACUUCCGUCAGCGAUGAAGAAAAGCAAGCCACUACACGACCAGAUGCCUCAAUAAAUAUCAUAAAUGGAGCAGUAUUGAGUAAGCGAAUUGGCUGCGGUGAGGUAAAAGCGCAAUACCAAGCUCUCAAUCAUCGGUUGGUUGGCAUAGAUUUGAUGCGCAUUACAGUGUUGGCCAAGGCCGCAUCCGAUAAACACAAGUUGAAAGAAAUCUUUGCCUUCACUGUUGUCGGCAAAUAUGCCACUUUCUACAUGUUUACUCGCGCCCAAGCUUAUUUGUAUACAAUGUGUGAAAUCGCACACAUCCAACUACCUCUUACCCUUGAUCAUGUGCCCCUUUUUCUUUCACAACUGGACAAGGUUGUCAAAAUUAUUUCCUGCUUUCAAUAUACCUUAAAUAGCGGCAAUCACAACUAUGCAAAUGAUCCAUCUACACUCACAGAUAACAUGCUCCACAACGUCACGGAUCCCAAAUCGUCACGCAAGCGAAAAUCAAUUACAAGUCAUUAUAACCAUUGAUCAUCCUCCCCUUCCUUUGUAAAUAUACCCCCUCUCUCUCUAAAUACACCAUGAUUCAUUUGUCAAAAUGAGAACAAAAGUGUAAGUCACAUUUUUAUUUGAAUAAAUUAAAUGGGU